AUGGUGAGUAAACCAGCAGGGAGCACAAGUGCCAGCACACAGCAGCAGGGAGCACGAGUGCCAGCACACAGCAGCAGGGAACACAAGUGCCAGCACACAGCAGCAGGGAACACGAGUGCCAGCACACAGCAGCAGGGAGCACGAGUGCCAGCACACAGCAGCAGGGAGCACGAGUGCCAGCACACAGCAGCAGGGAACACGAGUGCCAGCACACAGCAGCAGGGAGCACAAGUGCCAGCACACAGCAGCAGGGAGCACAAGUGCCAGCACACAGCAGCAGGGAGCACAAGUGCCAGCACACAGCAGCAGGGAGCACAAGUGCCAGCACACAGCAGCAGGGAGCACAAGUGCCAGCACACAGCAGCAGGGAACACAAGUGCCAGCACACAGCAGCAGGGAGCACAAGUGCCAGCACACAGCAGCAGGGAGCACGAGUGCCAGCACACAGCAGCAGGGAGCACGAGCACACCAGCAGCGGGAACACGAGUGCCAGCACACAGCAGCAGGGAGCACGAGUGCCAGAACACAGCAGCAGGGAGCACGAGUGCCAGCACACAGCAGCAGGGAGCACGAGUGCCAGCACACAGCAGCAGGGAGCACAAGUGCCAGCACACAGCAGCAGGGAACACGAGUGCCAGCACACAGCAGCAGGGAGCACGAGUGCCAGCACACAGCAGCAGGGAGCACGAGUGCCAGCACACAGCAGCAGGGAGCACGAGUGCCAGCACACAGCAGCAGGGAGCACGAGUGCCAGAACACAGCAGCAGGGAGCACGAGUGCCAGAACACAGUAGCAGAGAGCACGAGUGCCAGAACACAGCAGCAGGGAGCACGAGUAACCGAGCACAGCGGCAGGGAGCACGAGUAA